AUGGCUACUGCAUACCAAUACGAACGGCUUACACAUGACGACGAGAUCAGACUGCUGCACCUGGAAUCAGGGUCCGGUGAUGACGUCCAUUUUGCCCUCUAUCCGGUCAGGUUAGGUGACAAUCCUCCAUACGAGGCGAUAUCCUAUUGCUGGGGUGAUCCAAGCGACACUCAGAUGGUGUAUUGCGACGGUAAGCCACUGCAUAUCACUAAGAGCCUCUAUACGGGGCUCAAACGGCUGCGGAAGGAGAAUGCGGUCCGAGUUCUUUGGGCAGAUGCAGUCUGCAUCGACCAGAAGAACACCUUGGAAAAGAACGUGCAGGUUGGUCUCAUGAGUCGCAUCUACUCGCAACCAAGCUGUAUUCUCAUUUGGCUGGGUGACAAUACUUCCGGACUCGAGGGUCUCCACGAGUGCAUCCAAGGAGCCCUCGGGGUCCUGCCACCGGAGCAUUUUGAGUUCGAGAAAGUGUACCCCAUCUCCACUAGGAUAUUUCGGGAAGCCAAUGAACUGCGAGCAGCCGGAAAGCCUAACUUCGUCGACCAUGACUGGCGUCCCAUGACGAACCUCGUGCAUAGGCCAUGGUUUGACAGACGGUGGAUCAUCCAGGAGGUUACACUUGCGGACGACAGCGUGCCCAGGCUCGCAAUAUGCGGACACUUUGAGUUCUCGUGGAACGAUCUAGCGGCCGUGGCCUACAGACUGGCAUCAUACGGGAUUACUCCGCUCCUCGCCGGAAUGUCCACCAUCAAUUCUCGCGCUCCCUACAUGCUGUCGUUCCUAGCCGAAGGCGGCAGACCCAUUUUGAUCCUCGUGGCCCUUUGCAUGACCUACCUUCUCAAGACGUACCGAAAGACGGGGAAUCUCGUCGACAGCGUGAUCUCCACCUCGCUGUUCAAAUGCGGGUUCCCACACGACCACCUCUACUCGCUGCUGAGCUUGCCGCAGAAGCCAAGCGGCGUCGUGGCGGAUUACCGCCUCUCCAUCGAGGAGGUGUGCAUGCAAUUCGCCGAGACGACACUUAUCUCGGACCAGAACACAAGGCUGCUAAGCCUGGCGCCGCACACGACCAUCGAAAGCGAGCAUCGGGACGGCCAGCGCCUCGUCUUGCCUUCGUGGGUCCCGGAUCUGACGUGGCAGGGGGCUGUGAACCCGCUCGUGUCCUACACCAUCCGACCGCAGCUGUUCCAUGCCGGGGGCAAGGAGCCGCCCAACAUUACCAUGUCCUCCGACCGCAAACGGCUACGUCUCAGAGGCCGUGUUGUUGACAAGGUUGCGACUAUGGCAAGAGCCCAGGUCGACGUGCCCUGGCCCACCGAGGAAGAAGUCCGGCCCAAAAUUGGCUUCCACGCCCUUGUCAAGAAGCGUCUGGUGAACUGGCUGCAGGAGUGCUACGAGGUUGCCGGGGAGGGGUAUGCGAGGAGGAAAACAGGACAAGGGGAGGUCGCUACUGAAGAGAGUACCGAAGAGGCCGGGCUGCGCCGGUCCUUUCUAGAGACUCUUCUCUGCGGCAUGACCAUGAUGCGGGAUCCCAUACCCGAGGAAGCGUUGAUGGCGACGCAGGUCUACGUCGACUAUCUCUUCGCUUGCUUCACCGACGACUUUGUGCUGUCGGAAGAAGUCAGGGAGACUCUGCUGACAUAUGGGCCACUGAUCGAGCAGUCGCUCUUGGGCAUGGCUGAGGCUCGGUGCUUUUGCCGGACGGAACAAGGCCGGCUGGGUCAAAUACGUGCCGAUGCAAAAGCGGGCGAUCUCUUUGUUUGUAUUGUCGGCGCCGAGGUGCCCUAUGUUCUGCGGCCUAGGCCUGGCAAAGAGGGGGUUUAUACGCUGAUUGGUGAUGGCUUUCUCCAGGGCGCGAUGCAAGGCGAAACAUGGUCGGAUGCGCAAUAUGAGACCAUUGAUAUUACGAUCGAGUAA